CCUCCUUCCGGUUGUGGAGGAAGGGGGGUGUCCGGACGUGACGUCGCGCCGGCGGGGGCGGGGCCACGAGCGGUGGGAACCGGUGCGACGCGGGGCCGCCGCCGGGACCAGCCAUGGCGGAGCUGAGCGACCUGGACCGGCAGAUCGAGCAGCUGCGGCGCUGCGAGCUCAUCAAGGAGAGCGAGGUCAAGGCCCUGUGCGCCAAGGCCCGGGAGAUCCUGGUGGAGGAGAGCAACGUGCAGCGGGUGGACUCCCCAGUGACGGUCUGCGGUGACAUCCACGGACAGUUUUAUGACCUCAAAGAGCUCUUCCGGGUGGGCGGCGACGUCCCCGAGACCAACUACCUCUUCAUGGGGGAUUUUGUGGACCGCGGCUUCUACAGCGUCGAGACCUUCCUGCUCCUGCUGGCGCUCAAGGUGCGGUACCCAGACCGGAUCACGCUGAUCCGCGGCAACCAUGAGAGCCGGCAGAUCACGCAGGUCUAUGGCUUCUAUGAUGAGUGUCUGCGCAAGUACGGCUCCGUCACUGUGUGGCGCUACUGCACCGAGAUCUUCGACUACCUCAGCCUCUCAGCCAUCAUCGACGGCAAGAUCUUCUGCGUGCAUGGGGGACUGUCGCCCUCGAUCCAGACGCUGGACCAGAUCCGCACAAUCGACCGCAAGCAGGAGGUGCCCCACGACGGCCCCAUGUGUGACCUGCUCUGGUCUGACCCUGAAGACACGACGGGCUGGGGCGUGAGCCCGCGGGGGGCCGGCUACCUGUUUGGCAGUGAUGUGGUGGCCCAGUUCAACGCAUCCAACGACAUCGACAUGAUCUGCCGAGCACACCAGCUCGUCAUGGAGGGUUACAAGUGGCAUUUCAAUGAGACUGUGCUCACAGUCUGGUCGGCCCCCAACUACUGCUACAGGUGCGGGAAUGUGGCUGCCAUCUUGGAGCUGGACGAGCACCUGCAGAAGGAGUUCAUCAUUUUUGAAGCUGCCCCCCAGGAGACGAGGGGGAUCCCCUCCAAGAAGCCUGUGGCUGACUACUUCCUGUGACCCCCCACUUCCUGUAACCCCCCUGCCCACCAUCUCCCUGGGGGUGCCCCCCUCUGGCUGUAUGGGGGGAAGGGCUUCUCUCGGGGUUAGGGGUCCCGCUGGCGGCCCCAGGACCAGGGGCACUCAGGCCCUGCUGCUCUGGGGGUUCGUGGGGGCCGUAGCUGCUUCCCCUGGGGCCCCCAGCCCUGCCCCCCUGGCUUCUCCACGAAGCUUUUUUUGUUAUUGUUCCUGUUUUUAUUUCUUUGGUUUUUUUUCCUGUUCGUUUUAGAUACAAAAAGAAAAACUUCCUUAAAAACCAAAUAAAAAUGGAAAAAUGAAAAGAAUAAAAAAACGACAUUUGUAGAAAGGUUGAAACCCCA